GCUGUGAUUCUGUAACUAUCAGAGUAAUUACUCUGAGGUAGCUAUACAAGUAUACACGGAAUCACAGCAUACGGAAUACUGUGCACUAUGCUUCUGUUCUGUUGACAUAAAACAGAUGUUUGAAUUUAUUAAAAAUUUCUUUUAUAUGGAAAGUAAGAGUAAAUUUGGAUAUUCGACUUGCGAAAAUUGGGAAAAAAGGCCUAAUUGUAUCAUCCGUAGCAGAUGGUAAACAUUAAAAUACCAAACUCAGUGCUUUCUGUAUUUCUGUCAAAAGGUGAAUUCUUGAAAUAUAGGACUUGUGUGAGAUUGUUAUUGUUUUUAAUGUUGUGAAGUAUAUAUGAAGGUAUUUCGUGAUUUAUGUCGAGUGGCAAAUGGUGAAGAAGCACAAUUAAAACUACUAAUAUGGUAAUAAUGGAAAAUUAUCGUCUAGCUCAAAACAGUUUUCGUGAACUAUGGCAGGAAAUAGAAAAAUGCCACUUAAGUUACCUAGAGAUGGAAGAAAUCCCAGAAAAAAUAGACCAGCGAAUGAAACUUGAAGAGUAUAUUCAGGAAUUUCUCUGCAUUGCUGGAAAUAACCAAAAAUUCACUUUCACAGAAACCGAAGAUGUCUUAGAGCGUUCUGUCAUUUCUAAAAAAGACUUCAGUGGCUACAAAGCAUCUACAGGAUUCAAUGCUAUUCAGCUUUAUGCUGGCAAUCUUCUUUCGCAACCUUGGAGAAAAGAAUAUCGUCAGAUAAAGACUUACUGUGGAUUCUACAAGCACCAAAUCGAGGCCAACUUAUAUGGAGCAGAGAAACUGUUCCAAGCUAUGGGUUACAAACUCUACAGUGACCGGCUUUUAGUUUUGGAUGGCCCCAUUUGUCCCGAUCGUGUCAAGACAGUCUCCAAGGACUGCUUGGUUGCUUAUGUUGAGUGUCAGAUUUGGAAGCUAAUUUGGGAGGAGCUUUCUACCAGUUACAAAGCGACCUGGUACGAGGUACACGAAUUCCGCAAGAACCACGCCUGCAGUCCGGAACAAGCCGUCAAAGCUCUCAAAUACAAGCAGCACCAGCGUCAAUAUCAGGACCACGCUCGCGGCUUCCAUCAAGGCUAUGACGCGUUGCCCGCGAUUAGGACGCAGCCAAUACCCGUCGCGAACAUGGCUCCGACGGCAAUAUUGAAUCACUCGUUCCCGCCAGUCAACAACCACCUGCAUUUGGGGCUGCCUUCGGCGCCGGAAUUUCAGUUCGCCGGUGGAUGUUGUUCGAACUAUCCUGCUUUCAGUCCCUCGUACGGGUACGUGGCGUACGCCGACGCAUCUCCCAGACCGAGUUUGAGUACGAACGGAUACUAUAACGGAUUCGUUGCUCCUCAGCCCUCUCCGCAAUAUACCGUACCCACCGCGAAGCUCAUAGAAGUCGAAUCGCAGAUGGCCUCCUCCCAACAGGCCGUUACCCUUGACAGACCAGCGCACAAAUCCAGGCAUUCAGAAUAUAUCAACAACGAAUCAUACAAGACCAGGAACAACAACGAAAACUUCCGGAAUAACUUUGCUGACGAAGCUUCAGACAAGAACGGGUCGCAAUUUGAAGAUUGGGAGUAUGUCUACCGCAACCUCGAAAGUCAAGGAUACUCAAAGGAUUUGGGGGAGCGCGGCGAUGUCCUGAGCCCGAAUUCGGCGCGUUCGGCCAAGGAGUCGAAGAAAAUAAAGGCCACCAAUCUGGACGAGGCGCUGAACAACCUUAGCUUCAACGAGAGGACCAAGUACAGUGACGUGCUCAAGAGGGGAGAUGGCGAGAAGAGCAGAAACGUUGAAGUGGGCAAGGUCGAAAAGCGGACGUCUCCGAGUAGUAGCUACGAUAAUUUGAGCCCAGCGCAGACGAAAAAGCCUGCUCAAAAAAGCAACUCGAUUGCUGAAUAUGUCAAAACGAAGACCCUUCCUCGCGAAAAGGCCACAACCUCGGCUGACAAGCCGUCAAACAGUAGGAAUCUCGAUUCGAUCAAGGUCAAGGAAGACAAAAUCAAAAAGAAGACGACUGCUGGCAGUAAAGCCGAAGACGACAGAUGGCACUGUAAAGCGUGCACGUUCCUAAACGGCACUGAGAAGGAUAUCUGCGAGAUGUGCGGAAAAACUCGAUUUGCUGCGCUUGAGCAACCCAUGGAAGUAGGCGGGGCAGAGUGUUCCAAAUGCACCCUCGUCAAUCCUAAGAGCAAGACUACUUGCGAUGCCUGUGGGGCCAGUUUGUUGGGUUCGCCGACGUAUAUUUGAAAUUGCGUGUAUGAACGUGUUGAGAGAAAAGCAGAUGUAAAUCUGAUCUUGUUUUGGGGUUGGUCCUUGGUCAAGUUCGGAACCGUUGGAGUAGAUAACUCAUGCUUCUGCUAGUUUUACUUAAAAUAUUGGAGUGUAAUCGAAGCAGAAAGGAAAUUUGAAUGUUAUGUUGAUUUGAGAGUCUAUAAAGUGUUUUUGUUUAAUUCAUUGAAACUUUAUGGAAUUUACUAGGUUUUGUGCUUUUUUUGAAUUAGCGUCUCGUAUAGUUAUAAUAUUUCUCAAUUGUUUCAAAAGUGACAACCUAGAAUCCAAGAGCUAGCAGAUCUUUGUCUAUUGGUAAAGUCAAUAUGUUGACAACAAAGCACUUUGUAAAAGUUGUAGUGCUUGAAAGUUUUCGUAAUACGUGAUUUAUUACAUAGUGAAUAAUUUUACCAAACGUGAAUGAAAUAUUAGCUUUUUCGAUCGUGAUAGAGGUUUGCUUUUGAAUCAGAGUGAUGAUCAAGUAUUAUCAAGAUGGGCUCAUACUUCAAUAGAAUUUCAAAGUAAAAGGUAUUAAAGAUCUGGAACCCUAAAGAUGAAUCCUCUACCUUUCUGUUCAUAAAUUAACCUCAAAAUAGAACAAGUUUAACAAAAAUAAAUCUGCUUACCAUAA